AUGAGGGACGAUGACUUGAAGCGAGCAUUCCAGACUCUGUGCGUGGACUAUGAGGAACUGCUGGACGAGGCGGCGCAGGCCACGCAGCCUGCAGAUGAGCGUGUCGGUCUUGCGCUUUUCAAGAUUGACGAGGCCUGUGCGGCAGCCGACGGACUGAGGCAGGAUGCGGAGCAGAUCCAGGAGCAGCUGCUGAGCGAGCUCCUAAACAAUUGCCACGAGCUUGAGGACAUUUUCUUGCGCGUGAAUCUCAUCGAGCGCUUCGUGGGACGGAUGCUGCAGACCACGCGGGAGCUCGAGAAACGCAUGGAAAGCGUCAGUCGUGCCGCUGGCCCGGUGUUCAACUCGAGUACUAGCGUCACUAGUUUGUUGCGGUCCUUCUCCAUGAAGCGCGGUGCGUCCGAGGCACCUUUGACCGACGGCAAGUGGAGCCCUGUGGCAUUCGAUUUUAACACAAAGGAGCUCAUGGAGAGGCUGGAGAAGAGCGACGCGCGGGAGCUUGGCGUCUCCAUUUCAUCCUCGUCCGCAACAGAGACAGCAGCGGAAACAGGAGAGCAGCCGCCUCCAGCAGACACAGGCAGUGACGCUGAAGCCGAGUCUGACUCAGACUAA